AUGAAAGCAAACUUGCUGUUAGCUUAUAGGCAGAUGGCAUUUCCUGUUGGCAUUAUCACAACUACUUGCAAAAAAGAUAUCGGGAUCCUCAAGGAAGGAUCUUUCAGAGGAAGCACAGUUUCUUCAUUUAGGGUUUUAGAUUUGGAAGGAAACUUUUAUUUUACUUACUUCACCCUUUAAAUUGAAAUAAAAAAUUAUGUUCCGCUAAUUUUUUUUAACAUAUUUUGAAUUUCAAUUUAUUUUUAUAAAGAAUGAAUUUCAAAAAUUAAUCGGUUCAUUGUGCAAAUAACACUUUUUCAAUUAAAUCAGGUCAAAGCUAAUUUUAUAAAAUUUCAUAUAUUUACUUAUAAAAUUUUCCUAUAUGAAAAAAUAUUUUCCCAAUUUAAAAGAGGAAAGCUAUAAUAAGUCAAGAAUUAUGGUUUCCGCACUUGAAAAUUCUUGCGCAAUGCAUUUUUUACAUCAAGGACAAGAAGAUUUGGCACUAAAGUUUGCAGUAUCGCGAUUAACCUGUGAAGAGCAAUUUGAAGGGCUGAAUAUUACAAUGAAGCAUGGGCUGCCUAUUUUAUCUCAUUAUCAUAGCUUAUUACUCUGUAAAAUUGAAAAGGCAGUUGAGCAUGGCUCUGGCGUCGUUUAUCUUGGGAAAAUAUUUCAUGCUGAAGAAAAAGAGACAAAACCAUUGCUAUAUAUUCAUAACGGAAUCGUGGGCGCUUUGAAUAUCUAA